AUGGAAAAGAGCCUCCUGAUAGGAAAACCUGAUCCAGAAGCGCUAGGAAAGACGGGGUUGCAAGAAUCAUUACGACGUCAUCGGAAUGACCGAGACGAAGCGACGCCACCGACUGUAUGGCACUGGAGAAGAACUGUUAUUAGGAACUGUUUCGACAGUAGAGGAGUAGGUGGACGUGGUGUUCUCUUCAACACGGAUGUGGCAAUAAACAUCGACUUUUUCGAACAACGUUCAUGGAUGAGAAAAUGUGGUCUAACGCCAGCCUUGACAAUCUUCGUCGCUUACGUUCCAAAAUCAAGCUACGAAUUAGACGAAGCUUUUUAUAUGAACUUGGAGAACUUCUACAGAGGAGAUCAUACCUUCUAUAAGGUCAUAAUUGGUGAUUUCAAAGCCAAAAUUGGCCCCAGAAGAACGCCUGAAGAACUUGACAUCGUAACCCCCGGCCUUCAAUGGAAUGAGCAGGUAGAGAGGCUUUCUGAGUUCAUCAUGACGACUAAGACCAUCCAUGGAAACUCGCAAUUCCAGAAGCCCUUCUCUCUACGCUGGACGUGA